AAAACGCUGCGUUUGAGAGAGAAGCUACAAUAAAGUACCUGAACUUAAAAAAAAAAAAGCAUGUCAACAUAUUCUGUUAAACCAAAUACUUUAAUAAUCUUUAAAAUCUUUCAUCUUUAACAUCAUAUGAUCCCUUUAAUUGUUUUUUUUCCCACAAAGACUUAAUUUACAAACAUAAUAAAUAUAGAAGUAACAUUUCAAUAAUUAACAAUAAUAAAAUAGUUUUUUUAAUGAUGGGUGCUUUUCCUUUCCUUUUCUCGUUUCUUUAAAGGAAAACAAACACACACCGAGGGAAACAAUACAAUUAUUGGUAAAAUACAAAUAAUAUUUAAAAAAUAAAAUAAGUAUUUUUAUGUCACAUAGGGUGUAUUUAAAGUUAAGCUUGCAAAUUACUCGUUAUAAAAUACAUUUAUGUCAACGCAAAAAUAACUAAAGACAUCCGCUUCCGGUGACGUAGGAACGCUCGCGACGUUGUCAUGGUGAACGUGUAGAGCUUCGCGUUCUCGUCGGAGAACCAUCGAAACGUUCCGUCGUAAACAUGUAAACAUAUACUACAACAACGUGAUUUGCUCAGUUUCGGUUAAGACGAGGUUUUCCGAUGAGAUUGUGCGUUUAUUUUAUGCACGCGAAAAGCGAACGCGGUCCAGUUUAACAAGCAGGUUUGUGUUUAUUAAUUUGUGGAGAUGUGGAGCCGUGGAGGACCGAGGAGCUCGGUUCUAGACCGAGCAAAGGCUCAGCUCUCCGGACAGAGAAUCUCAAACAAUGGGGCAGCACGAGACAGAAGAGACGCGGAAAACCCUGGAAAGCACACGUCACCAUCUACAUUCAAGGACCUGAAUGAGGUCUUUUCACCGUCAGAAAGUGAAAACCAGGACCCUGUGAAAGCGUCCACCUUGGAGAGUUUUAGCAUGGGAGGCGGGAGCCGGUUUCUGAAGAAAACCUCCAAAGGUGCCACCGGUGAGAGACUGUCAUCUGCUCCUACAGGAGGUGAUGAACUUAAGUUUGUACCUCGACACAGUUCACAAAGCGCUGCUUUGAGUAGACUAGCACGCAUCGAGAACUGCAUCGGCGACCAGAAAAGCAAAAACGACACCCACGCUAUACAUGCAAAAGUCCCUGAACCACAAGAAACCGGUUUAGUUAUCCGGUCCAGCGGUGAUCUGAGCAUGACAGGGAGUCGCUUUUUGAAGAAGAGGACCUCGCCGGCACCUCAAGAGCAGGUUCCUGAGAGAACAUCAGGUCUGAGUGGACGCAAGGAACAGAGAGACAGUUUAGACAGUGAUGAACAGGACAUGCGAAGGCUUCUAGGAGAUUCGUUUAGCCUAUCAGAAGUUUCCCUGCCAAACGCAGUGAGGCAGAAGAGUCCUCAACCAGUUAAAAAGUUCUACAAGAGCAGCAGCGAAAAGUCCACCGUACCUUCACCGACUCCUGAGAGACACAAAGUUUUCAGCCAUCGAAGUCGCUCCCCUCCCCCCAGCAGGCCCGAGUCGCGCAUAGUCCGGUUUACUGAACAUUCGGUGUCGUCCGAAACAGUUCACAGCGAGAUCCGGUCUUUAGACGAUCUUUUCCCUGUUGCCGCGGCACUUGAUUCUGACGAUACUCUGAGCGAAAGGAGUGCGGCAUUGGAUGAUUUCAAACUGAACGUAAUGACGCUGGAUGAUCUUGCCUCUGUAUCUUUUGAAGCAGCUGAAAUCGCACAACAAGCGAAAGAAGCACAAGCCAGUACGGAAGAUAGUAACAAGUCAUCCAACGACACGUCAAAGGUCGCUUCUCCACCCAGACCAGAAGAUGCCUCGGCUGCCUACGAGAGCGAUUUCGAGAGCGAGAUCCCGUCUGAGACACCACGGAGUGUCAGUGAGAUCUCUGAACAUCUCACAGAGAAAGACAAAGACGCCUCACUGAUCAGUGAGGCCCAGCACGGCUCAUACAAAUCCCAGGAUGAUGACCACGACCUUACUUUAACACAAUCAUCAUCAAGUUGCCGCUCAGACUCUUGUUCGAGGUCGAGCUCAUCCAAUGCAACGGUCACACAUGACCCCAGUCCUGACCGUCACGUGAAGGAGGCUGCAGUACAGACUCAGACAGAUGGACUUACUUACACAUGGUCUUCUGGCAUGGCUGCGGUCGGUCCGUCGGUGGGCAUGACGUACGUGGACCCCACCCCAAUAGCCAGUCAUACAGUCAGCGCUGAAGCCAUUGAGAGCCUGACGGCAUACAGUCCUGCCGUUUGCGCACUCAACGACAUGUUGAGGCAGCAGCUGAACCUCACUAGAGCCUUCAUCGACUCCACCAGACAUCACUACACUUCGGUGAUCGAGUCACUGGGACCUGCUGAUUACAAAUACACCACAUUAAAGGAUACCAAAGAGUUUAUUCGCAAUCACAGACCACCCAAACUGAGUAUUGAAGACGCUUUAGAGGAAGUUCUACAGGAAAUGAGAGACUAUCACUGCAGCUGAAUAAACAUGAUCAGUGUUUUGGAUGCAUCAUCCAUAGAUCAUCGUUUCAAUAACGUGCCUAAAUAAACUUCUUUUUAAAAAAAAAAAA